GCAGCGUCCCUUCUCUAGCUGCUGGCCUUCUCUUUGGUGGCUUAGCAGGACUAGGUGCUUACCAGCAGUCCAAAGAUCCAAAGGAUGUGUGGCUUUCCCUCGUGGCAUCUGGAACCUUGUCUGCUGUUAUGGGAAUGAGAUUUUACAACUCCAGAAAAGCAAUGCCUGGGAUAAUUGCUGGUGCCAGUUUACUGAUGGUUGGACGGCUUGGAUUGCAGAUCAUGGAAAAGCCUCUUAAGCCGUAAGUCUGUAUCAAGUCACCAGAAGAUACGUGAUUGAGAAGCCUGAAAAUGCAACUGCCCAAAUGUGCUACACAAAAGUGGAAAAGGCACUGCGAUCUGUGCAUUGUAUUUUUCAUAUCCUAAUGGAUGUGGGUUGUGUUUUUAAAGGACCGAUGCUGAGAGCCCUUGUUAUGUCUUCCAAAAUGGUAUUUGUCUUAAUGUUUUCUGCACUGUGAAGCAAGAAAAUAGGUGUAUAGCAUGAGUUUAGCUUCUGGUCCUGCAGCUUACUGUAGGCAAAGAUCUCUUGGCACUUGCAGGCAGUUGCAGGAUUGAAGCUUAAAUGUACAUCUGGACUUGUCAUUCUAAAAUCAUCUAUACCUCUAAAACAAUGGGGGAGGAGGUGCCAAUUUGUCAUUAGUAAUUAAUAUAAAAAAUGUGCUUAU